AUGAAGACGGUGGUGGUGACGGGCGCGAGUCGGGGGUUGGGCCUCGAGCUGGCGCGCGCGUACAUCGACGAUAGGGUCAAAGAGGAAAAAUAUGCGCCGCGGUGGCGGGUCGUCGCGGUCCACCGGCAGCACACGGACGUCAUUGACGGUCCUGAAGGUUUUGAGCGAACUCGCGGCAUCGACGUGUCGAAAGCGGACGCCUCGGACGCGUUGGGAAUCGUGCUCGCGAAGCACGGGCCGGUGGACGUGCUCAUAAACAACGCCGCGGUGUGCAUCGGACGCGAGUGCGCCGUCGGAAACGUCGAUUACCGCGCCUGGACGCGCUCGUUCGAGACGAACGUCUUUGGCGCGAUGCGGGUCCUGGAAGCGGCGCUCCCGCACCUCGCCCGCGACGCCGUCGUCGUGAACGUGUCGGGGCGGAUGGGGAGCAUCGGGCGGGUGAUGGCCGGCCUCGGCGCGUCGUCCGCAACGACGCAGGACGUCGUCUACCGCACGACGAAGGCGGCGCUGAACAUGAUGACGGUGUGCGCCGCGGCGCAGUUCAAGGCGAAGGACGAGACUAAGGAUGUUAAAGUGGUCGCCGUAGAUCCCGGAUGGAUGAACACCGACAUGGGCAGGCGAGGGGGCACGGUGACAACCCCUGCACCGCCGCUCGAACCGGAGGAUAGCGCCGCCGGGAUCGUCGCGCUCAUCGCCGGGCUCAAACCCGAGGACAGCGGCAAGUUCCUGAACUGGCGGGGAGAGGAGUUGCCGUGGUGA